AUGAGUUUUAUUUCGAAUUAUGUGGACAACUACACAGCAAGCUUAUACGAUAUGAUCGUGGAAUACGUAGAUACGGAGUAUAGUCUGUGGCUAACAUGGUUCCUGACGCCGGUGAUCGUCACCUUCCUUCUACCGGCUGUCAUCAUCAUCCUUAUUUAUGUUAGCAGCAUCAUCUUCUACCUCUACAGGCUUUAUAGGUUGCGAGUUGUCGAGGGAGUUCAAAACGAUUGGAAGCACGCGGCACGACUGGCUGUUUGUGCACUGUGGGAUGCCCACGGCUGGUUAUGGCAUGGUUACGAUAUCAGAGGUCUGGAAAAUAUUCCCGAGGGCCCGUUCUUAGUAAUCUACUACCAUGGCGCUCUACCCAUUGAUAUGUACUACUUUAUCGCACGAAUGCAGCUUUUCAAGCGGAUUCACGUCCACACGGUUGCUGAUAGAUUUCUAUUCAAAAUACCUGGCUGGUCGCAGCUUUUAGACGGCCUCUGUGUGAUUCCUGGCACAGUACAGACGUGCGCAGGAGUGCUCCGCAACGGCAAUCCACUGGCGAUAUCCCCCGGUGGCGUCUACGAGGCUCAGUUUGGUGACCACUCCUACCGGCUGUACUGGAAGUCAAGGAUAGGUUUUGCGAAAGUCGCCUUAGAAGCUAAAGUGCCAAUAAUCCCAAUGUUCACUCAAAACGUACGCGAGGCCUUUCGCACAGUGGGCUGGCUUCGAGGAAUCUGUCUCAGGAUAUAUGCAGCGACGAGGAUUCCCUUGGCACCUGUGUACGGAGGAUUCCCCGUCAAACUGGUCACUCAUUUGGGUAAACCUAUUUAUCCUGACCCCAGUUUUACACCUGAACAACUCCAAACGAAGGUGGCGAGUGCAAUAGAAGAUCUAGUGGAAGAGCAUCAAAGAGUACCGGGAAGUAUUCUCCACGCGCUGAUAGAACGAGUAUACGAAAUACCCAAAAAACGGGCGAAGAAACCGCACACGAACGGCACGUGUCAAAACGGCACCGCCAAGAAAGAGAUGCAAGAUAGUGUUAAUAACAAGUGCGACGAGGACAAAAGUGGUAAUGACAAGUUUGACAGUGACAAAGCUAAAGUGUCAUAG